GAAAGUCUCUAUACAGACGACGGCAAGGACAGAGCUACAAGCAUCGGAGCAUCUGAUGACGAAUUUGGAACUGAAACCCUAAAAAUUCAUCACCAAAACCCACCAUUUUUCCAUCUAAUCUCUUCUUCUCAAUACUAUAAUGUAUUCUCCAUUCAUUGAUGCCUGCAACUGUAAGACCAUACCCACUUCACACUACCACAAACUUCUCGGCUUCCGCACCCACCACUCUCUCUUAUCUUCUCCAUCCUCGACGACUGUCUUCUCUACCCAGAAACUCUAUCCUCUCUUUUCCUGCAAUUUCAACGGCGGUGACCGUAAUCGGAACGCCAAGGGUAGGGAUAGAGUGAACGCCAAGGGAAAAGACAACGUUUGGAGCGUAGAUAACGACAUUGCGAACUCAGAGAACGGAAAUGUUGUUCAGAGGAGAAGGGGGAAGAGAGGGAAGAAGGUGAGGAAAAGGUCUAAGAGUGAUAAGGUUAUGGUCUCUGGCGCUAUGUUGAUUGAGGUUGAGACUGUUCUUCAAACACAGGAACCUGUUAUCUUACCUGUUUGGAAAACAUUUGCUAGUAGUGUUAGUGGCAUAUGGAAGGGAGUUGGGGCAGUUUUUUCACCUAUGACAGCUGAAAUGGAACCAAUUGCGAUUGGGAGUAAACAUGAUAACCUUUAUGAUUGCUAUACAUUGUCACGUAUACAGGCAGUUCCAUUAUCUUCUGAAGUAGUUGAAUCUCAGAUCAAAAGAGAAGUCAAUUGGGUGACACUGAAUCCGAAUGGAGAAAGUAAAGGAAAGUCUAUAGGUGUUUCUUUACCCAAAUUUGAGUCUUUCGACUUUAAAGCUAGUGAUCUGAUGGAAGAAGAUGUAAUGGCAAUGGGUUCGGAGCCUGGUCUAGUUUUCUUCGAGGACGGGUCUUUCUCAAGAGGUCCUAUGGAUAUUCCUGUUGGUGAAGCAGCUGAGUCAACUUACUACCUUAACCCAACUUUCAAGUUUGAACAAUGUUUGGUUAAAGGGUGUCACAAAAGGAUGAGAAUUGUUCAUACCAUAGAAUUCAGUAAUGGGGGUUCAGACAUCCAGAUUAUGAGAGUUGCUGUUUAUGAAGAACAGUGGGUUAGCCCUGUCAAUAUUCCUGAUGAAAGCGAUGUGGAGCUAGACAUGAAGCCAUUUUCGGAGAGAAAAAGGAUUCAACCGUCACAUCUAACUGGGCAGUGGAAGGUGUUUGAAAUGAGUGCCACGCCCAUAUAUGAUGAGGAAGAUGUUAUACUCGGGGAUAGUAGUAACACACCAUAUGUAUAUCUUUGUACAGAGACCUUAAAGAAGAGAAACUUGCCUGAAAAUCUCAUUUAUUUUGGGGAAGAGGAGUUUCAAGACAUGCAAGAUGCAACCAUACUUUGGCUACCUGGAGGCAUAACCGGCUAUGUGGAUGUGAACAAAGAUGGUACCUUGUGUGUAGGAGUUGGAUGGUAUUCGGAUGAAGGCAUCAACCUUGUUAUGGAGAGGGAUUAUGGGACAGAUGGAAAGCUCAAAGAAGUUCGAUCAAAAUCGGAAGUCAAGAGACGAUGGUCAGAUUCUCUGCCUUCAUAGCAACAUCAAUAGUGUAUGAUCUGUUAAUUUCAUGUUUAUAAGGAUCUUGAACUUGACUGAAUCAAGUUUUGCAAAGAAUGCUGAAUGGAUCAUUCUGUACAUAGUUUACACUUUACAAGCAUAAUUAUUGACCUAAAAUUUGUUUCUA